GUUCCCAUUUCGCCCCCGUCAAGCCUACUUUCAUUUUCCGACGAUUAAGUUUUGAGGUCGUUGACCUGGGUCUGGUCAGCUCUGUGGCCUUCCCUCUGGCUCGCCUGGCUAACCGUUUGUUUACCUUUUGGUACCCAGUACCCAGAGUUCCAAGCUCACCGAAUUCUGUCAAAGAAAAGAGGGUAUUUCAACGGGGAGAUGCAACAAUGUGGUCAAGCUGAGGUCUCACACUUUCAGACGUGACAGAUACAGUGAGAUCUUACUCUCACAGAUGAGAGAGUGAGGUCUCAACCAGAAGCAAUAUGACGUCGGCCAUGCAUCCACCAUCACAGCUAAGUAGCCCAGCCAGCACGGAGAACCAGACCACUGAGAGCUCGGAGACUUCCCCGAGCGAUUCCUCCGAGAAGAACAUGGUGGAGUGGACGCGGCCCACAGCGCUGGAGAAGAUGAGCUUCAACUCACUGGCUCGGGUGUCAGAGGUCAUGUUACUGGACAGUCAAGGCGGGGUGUUGGCACAAGGGACGAGAACGUGGACUUUUUCUACCUGAGUAAGAACGACGUGUACCUGGUGGCAGCUCACCCGACCCCCGAGGGCGCAGACAGCGCGGCCAGCCUCCUGCUCUACCUGGACUUGUUACAGAGGUACGCUGGCUACAGUGGCAGCAACACGCCGUGACCUCAGUGCUUUCUUGGCCUAUCUACUUGUUUUUUUUACAUUGAAAAUGUAAAUUCUUAUGAACUCUUUAGACCCUCAGUUGUUUCCACUGUUUCCCGAGUUUUUUUCUAAGGUCACCUAAACCUGGCACACUAUGUGUCAUUAUAAGCCCAAAAGCUUGCCGCUAACUUCUAAAUGGCGGAAACAAAGGCUUCGCCAUUACUAAAAAACUUGGUUCGAGAAUAGUUCCAAAGAACAAGCAAAAACUAGCACUAAAUGGAACGGAACAGUUGUCACUGGUAUCGGACGCUACCGAUGGGGUUUAAAGAAAUAAGCUCACUCUUUGUUAUGAACUGUUUUCGCUGUUA